GCCAGAGGCGGCCGGGUCCGCAGUCUCCACGGCGGGGCGGCUGCAGCAUCCUCGUUGAGUUGGUCCCUGCGGCCCUGCUCUCGUCCCUCUCGGCCGGUGCGAUGGCCCAGCCGCCGACGGACAGCGAGAAGCGGAAGCAGAUCAGCGUGCGCGGCCUGGCGGGGCUGGGGGACGUGGGCGAGGUGCGGAAGAGCUUCAACCGGCACCUGCACUUCACUCUGGUCAAGGACCGCAAUGUGGCCACGCCCCGCGACUACUACCUGGCGCUGGCGCACACGGUGCGCGACCACCUGGUGGGCCGCUGGAUCCGCACGCAGCAGCACUACUACGAGCGUGACCCCAAGCGCAUCUAUUACCUUUCCCUGGAAUUCUACAUGGGCCGCACGCUGCAGAACACCAUGGUGAAUCUGGGCCUUCAGAAUGCAUGCGACGAAGCAGUUUACCAGUUGGGAUUGGACUUGGAAGAAUUGGAGGAAAUCGAGGAGGACGCUGGCCUGGGGAACGGAGGCCUCGGGAGACUGGCAGCUUGCUUCCUCGACUCCAUGGCCACCCUGGGCCUGGCAGCCUACGGCUACGGGAUCCGCUAUGAGUUUGGGAUUUUCAACCAGAAGAUCGUGAACGGCUGGCAGGUGGAAGAGGCAGAUGACUGGCUGCGAUACGGGAACCCCUGGGAGAAGGCGCGGCCUGAGUACACGAUCCCAGUGCAUUUCCACGGGCGAGUGCAGCACACGGCCGACGGCGUGCAGUGGCUGGACACGCAGGUGGUCCUGGCCAUGCCCUACGACACCCCGGUGCCAGGCUACAAGAACAACACCGUCAACACCAUGCGCCUGUGGUCGGCGAAGGCGCCCAAGGACUUCAAGCUGCAAGACUUCAACGUGGGCGGCUACGUGGAGGCCGUCCUGGACCGGAACCUGGCCGAGAACAUCUCCAGAGUCCUGUACCCCAAUGACAAUUUUUUCGAGGGCAAGGAGCUGCGCCUGAAGCAGGAGUACUUUGUGGUGGCUGCGACGCUGCAGGACAUUGUCCGCCGCUUUAAGUCCUCCAAGUUUGGCUGCCGGGACCCAGUGCGAACCUGCUUCGAGAUAUUCCCAGACAAGGUUGCCAUCCAGCUGAAUGACACCCACCCGGCCCUCGCCAUCCCUGAGCUCAUGCGGAUCCUGGUGGAUGUGGAGAAGGUGGACUGGGACAAGGCCUGGGAGAUCACAAAGAAGACAUGUGCAUAUACCAAUCACACCGUGCUGCCGGAGGCCUUGGAGCGCUGGCCCGUGUCCAUGUUGGAGGACCUGCUGCCACGGCACCUGGAGAUCAUCUACGCCAUCAACCAGAGGCACCUGGAUCACGUGGCUGCCCUCUUCCCUGGGGACGUGGCGCGCCUGCGGCGGAUGUCUGUCAUCGAGGAGGGUGCCUGCAAGCGCGUCAACAUGGCCCACCUGUGUGUGCUGGGCUCCCACGCCGUCAACGGUGUGGCGCGGCUGCACUCGGACAUUGUCCGGCGGUCGGUCUUCAAGGAUUUUCAUGAGCUGGAGCCGGAGAAGUUCCAGAACAAGACGAACGGCAUCACGCCGCGGCGCUGGCUGCUGCUGUGUAACCCAGGACUGGCUGACGCCAUCGUGGAGAGGAUCGGGGAGGGCUUCCUGACGGACCUGAGCCAGCUGAGGAGACUGCUGCCACUGGCCAGCGACGAGGCCUUCGUCAGGGCUGUGGCCAGGGUCAAGCAGGAGAACAAGCUGAAGUUCUCUGCCUUUCUGGAGAAGGAGUACGGGGUGAAGGUCAACCCUGCCUCCAUGUUCGACGUCCACGUGAAGAGGAUCCACGAGUACAAGAGGCAGCUGCUGAACUGCCUGCACAUCAUCACACUGUACAACCGAAUCAAGAAGGAGCCAGCCAAGGCCUUUGUGCCUCGGACCGUCAUGAUCGGGGGCAAGGCGGCCCCCGGCUACCACAUGGCCAAGAUGAUCAUCAAGCUGGUCACCUCCAUCAGUGACGUCGUCAACCAUGACCCCGUCGUGGGCGACCGGCUCAAAGUGAUCUUCCUGGAGAACUACCGAGUGUCGCUGGCUGAGAAAGUGAUCCCUGCAGCCGACCUGUCGCAGCAGAUCUCCACCGCGGGCACCGAGGCCUCGGGCACCGGCAACAUGAAGUUUAUGCUCAACGGGGCCCUGACCAUCGGCACCAUGGAUGGGGCCAAUGUGGAGAUGGCCGAGGAGGCCGGCCUGGACAACCUCUUCAUCUUCGGCCUGCGGGUGGAGGAGGUCGGGGAGCUGGACCGGAGCGGGUACAAUGCCCGUGAGUACUAUGAGCGCCUGCCCGAGCUCAGGCAGGCCGUGGACCAGAUCAGUGGAGGCUGCUUCUCCCCCUCGGAGCCCGACUGCUUCAGGGGCGUGGUCGACAUGCUGCUGCACCAUGACAGGUUCAAGGUAUUUGCGGAUUAUGAAGCAUACAUGGCGUGCCAGGCCCAGGUGGACCAAUUGUACCAGAACCCCACAGAGUGGACAAGGAAGGUCAUCAGAAACAUCGCCUGCUCGGGCAAAUUCUCCAGUGACCGCACCAUCUCUGAAUAUGCCCGGGAGAUCUGGGGCGUGGAACCAUCCGACAUGCAGAUCCCGGCCCCUGACCUCCCCAGGGACUAGCCGCCCAGCGCGGGCCCCAGCGGGCACCCACAGCGCUUGUUCUCUAGUUGGCUCUGCUUGUGUCCGGCUGCCUUCCUGUGGGCCUGGGUCCGGGCUGUGGUGCGGGUGAGGGAGGGCGGGCACGGGGCUGCCUUCUUGCCUCUGGGGUCAGGUCCAGGCAGGUGCUGGGGCAAAACCAAGGGCAGUGUUUCUGCUGCUCUGGACUGAUGAGGCCUCUUGUCCUCCCUGGCCCACUCUGUCCUCUGGCUGUGGUGCUGCCCAAGCUCUCCAGAGUGACCUGAGAGCCCAGAACAAGCUGGGCUUGACACCCAGGGGUGCCCCGACAAAGCCCAGAGGGUUUUGCUUUGUCAAACUUAUUGCCCUCAGGCCAUGAGCCAGAGGAAGCCUUUUCUUUAAAAGUCACAGCAGAAAGUGUGCUCUGGAAGGUUCACGUCAGGGGGACUGUGGUGCUGGACUGUGUCCUCCUGGCCUUGGGGGUAGCGCUUGACCUGGGAGGCUGGAGCUGGGGAAGGCUUUGAGAGCGCCCCCAGCCGAGCCGGGGACAGAAGCCCCCUGCUGCCAGGACACUCGCUGCCCCUCAGGCCAUAGGCCAUCACUGUGCAUUUGCCGCCACUGCCUCGAGAACAGAUUAAACACCACACCGUGCUAAACUC